UGUUAUUGUUUAUGUGUCACUGUUGGUUACGCGUGGCCGAUUGACCAGUUACGACACAUCUAAAGAGAAAGAUUAAUUAAUAAAUCAAUACUUCCACAUGAUAAGAAACGACACGUCCGAAAGUCCCAGUAAUUCAAGCCAAGUUAUUUUAGUGAGAGAAGCAAAGAUUAACACAAUGGCUACACAAGAAGAAGUUGAAUUACCUAACAUGGUGGGAGAAAUGAAGCUUGAUAGCAAUGAAACAAAUGAUAGCCCUGUGCUGGAAGUCAACUCAUCAAACCCUGACCAGCCAGAGAGUCAACAGACCACUGACACACAACAAACACUCAAUGAUCAGAAGAAAAACGGCAUUAAUAAUCCGGUAUUUUCAGAGGAGGGAACAAUAGAAGAAACAAUUCCCCCUUUGACCUAUGUGGAUUUUCUCCCUCAGAAAACUCAUGCAGAAAUUGCAACUGAUCCUACAUUUUCAGAUUUUAGCUCAAUCAUUGAACAGGCCAAUUCCUGGCUACAACUGAACCCAGAAUACAGUUUGUGGAAAUGUGAAACAGUGACAUUUAAAAUAAAGAAUGAUUUUACCUCUGACCAGGAUGACCCUGUUUAUAUGGAAUCAGCAUUUGGUCUAAACAGAUAUUUAUCAGGGUUAAGGUUAUGGUUAGUUCCACAGAUGAAUUCCACAUUACCUGUAGCACAGAUAGGUUUUACUACAGCGUUACCAGGGAAACUGGAUGAAUAUAGUUAUGUCAUUGUGUCAUCUAAUAGUACAAUUCAAGAUUCUAUAGAACAACUCAAUAAACAAUUCAUUAAAAAACCAUUACCAGGUGUGAUUUUAAAUGUAGAAAUGAUUGAAUUUCAUGAGAAUGAGUCAACUGGUUCCAUGUCAGUAGAUCCUAAUAAAACAUACUGGGAAGAAAAGGGAACAGAAAACAUCGUGAAAAUCUCUGCAGUGAGAGUCUAUUUCAUCAUAGGAAAACCUGAAUAUGUCAAGAUUGGUUAUCAUGAUGAACUUCCCAGCAUGCAGCAUAUACCAUUUUCUACUGUUGUAAAGUUUGGACCGUUCAAAGAUGUAGUACACAAAAUGGGAUAUUGGUUGAAAUCUCAAAAGGGUAUAAGAGUUGUAAAUUUACAAAGUAUUAACGUUGUAGUGAGUUACAGCAGAGACGUUAAAGCUUAUUUAGAUCCAACACAAAACUGCUGCACUGAAAAAACUGGUAUAGAAUCUAGAUAUGCAAAGGUCUUGAGAGCGUUUUACGUCCAACAGAAAUCUGAUGAUAUGCCAUACUCCUCAUUGAAUCUGCAUACAAGGCUUUUUGUACCUGUCUUGAGGGAAGGAAAGCUGUUUGAAAGCGUCUCAAAAACCAUGCAGAGAACUAUUAAAUGGCUUGAUUAUACAAGGGUCCCACCAUUUUCGGUAGAAACAAUACAGUACCAAGUCUACCUAGGUGGAGAAUCUGUAGGAAAUCUUGAGGACAAGGUAGAUAAAUCUGUCAGACGUACCAAUGGUAGAUAUCAGCUAAGUACUUUCAGAAUUUAUUUCCCAAGUGAGUUUUUAGAACCUCCACCAGAAAUAGCACCAGAAGUUGAUACUGCUGCAGGCUGGGGAUGUGUUAUAUCAUAAAAUGUAUCACAAAUAAACCCAAAACGUGUUCGGACUUACAAUAAUAGAAAUGAGAUAAUAUGCAUUUAAAAGUAUUAGUGAUGUACAAAUUGGUCACGGCUUUUGUCAGAACAGACAUGAAAAUAAAUGAGUUAUUCAAUGAAUAUACAGGGCAUUGGUUGCUUUGACACAACCAGAUGAUAAAAACAUAAUAUUGAAUUAUGUUUCUAUAAAAAUGCAGAUACUAUAAAAAUUUUACGCCGCAAAAGUAUAUGAAUCCACAUCAGAAAAUUUUUAUUGUUUAAAUUGAACAAAGUCACUAUUUACAUUUUUGCAACAAGUCAUGCUUUGUUUUAGGGCAUUAUUUCUGUGGUUUUAUAAUACUAUAUAUGUAUAAUUUAAGUUACAUAUUUAGUUCUUCAAAGGUUAAAUUUUUUCAGCCUUUCUUACCAAGUUUGGAAAAAGUAGCUAAAAUAAUAAAACUGUGAAAAAUGUUGCUUUCACAGUUUUGAAACAUAAAAUGUUUGUAUAACUGAAUUAAUGAGUAGGAUGUUAACAUUUGAAGUCCAAUAAAAUAGUUGUCAAUAUAUAUAUCAUGUGUGAAUAAACAGAAUAUUUGAAUAUAGACUCGUAACUUAAAAAUUAAAGGUUAUGAUUGUUUAGUAUCACAAGUGCAUCAUCUGCAAUAAUUUUCAAAAACACUUGCUAACAUUUUCAUUAAAUACUUUUAGCAAAUUUUUGAAUUCUACGGCAUUGCCAAAAAAAAAAUAUGUACAUUCAAAGUAUUAUAAAUGACAUUAAGUAAAUACUUCUGUUAUGUUAAAUUAAAAUUUGUAUAGACAUAAAGUGUGUGUGUGUGUAUGUUACCUCAGGACACUGGCAUGCACCAGGCUAAAACUAUUUUGUCCCCAUAAGAUAAUUAUUUCAGAAUUCCAGAUGGUAAAUUUUUGAAGUAUAAUCAUGGGAAAAAAAGUUUUAUUCUUCUGCUUUUAACAGAAGAUCACAGUUAUCUAAAUAGAAGUGCAAUUUCUUUUUUUACAUAUUCAUCAUCAAACCAGGUCAUUUUGAACAUUUAAAAAAAAUAUUCCAUUAAUCAAAUAAAUUUAACAUUCAGUUUUAUUUUUUGAUUUAUUAAGAUUUUGUCCAAUUAAGUCAUGAAAAACAAUCAUACAUGGGUCAUUAUUUAAGAUAAGAAUAUCUGUAGUCAAACCCUUAUAGAAGAGGGUAGGAAUGGGGUACCCCACAUGACGAAUGAUGGUAAAAUAUUUGUUAAAAAAACAUUAACGAUAAACAUUUUUCUCCAUUUGAUGCUAACGCUAGCUACAAAAUGAGAUUUGAUGAAUGACGAUAAAAAAUUAAGGCUCAUUUGACGCUAAUGGUAGCAAAAAAAAAAGGGAUGUUUGUUGAAGCUUGACGAUAAAAGGGCAUUCCUACCCUCAUAGAAAACUGAUCUCAUAUGAGAGAGGUGAAAUUUGAAUUGAAGUUCAAAAUGCAUCAGUAUUACUACAGAUAGACUAGAAGACAGUGACCCGAGAAGACAGGUUUUUGCUUAAUAGAGGUGUCACCUUUAUGACAUGUUUGACUAUUGUUAAAGAAUUCCAAAUAGAUCUCCACAUUUACUGUCAUUUAUAAAGUGCUUUGAUUCACAAGUAAUUUACUUUGUAUUUGUAACUGAAUCAUUGUUUAAACUCAUAGAAUGUUUUGUGGAAGCUACAGAGUGAUUUCCAUUGUGACAAGGUCUCUCUGAAAUGUCUUUAUGUGUGGUCAGUUAUUUUAUAUGACAGUCAUAAAUUACUACAUGUAUAAUUGCAUGCAUGCACCCUUUUGUCAUGUUUCUCUCAUUACUAGCACAAAUGAUUCCCCUAGUAUGAUUUCCAAAACAUAAUUUAUCUAGUGCAAUGUAUUCUUGUAUCAAGGGAGAUUAUGCUUGUUAAGGGGAGUUAACUUAAUGAAGUUGAAACAGAAAUAUUCAAAGAUAAUCAUUUUAAAUCAGUUUGUUCAUACUUAUUAAAUUUGUUUCAGAUCAAACAUUUUUUAAGUAACUGUUAAAUCAUAUCUCAUAUGCCACUAUAAUUCACUUCAAAACUAUUCAUUUUGAUAGAGCAGAAAACUUCACAUGCACAAAAAUAUUGUUUUCACAUAUUACACAUUCUUGCACAUUUUUAUCAAUAUUCAAAAUCAUAUGUUUUUCUUAAAUUCUGUAAAAAACAUUCUUCAAUUUAUCCUACAGUAGUCUAGUACUUAUAUACUAAGCAAAUAUCUAAUUGAUUAACAUUUGUUAGACCAAUAUGAACUUAUUUUUUUAUUAUUAAAAUUUCUACAAUGUUUUGAAAUAUAUAGAAAACUUUACAUAUAUUUGAUCAAUUAGCAAGGAAUUUUUUUUUGUAAAAUGUUAAAUGAAACGACAAUCACUUACUGUAUCAUAACCAAAGCCCCUAGGAAAGAAUGAAAAGCUUCCUUUUAGGUGAAGACGUAGUGCAAGCAAAGUGUCAGGUUGUCUCCCCUAUUGUACAUAGUAAGGAUAUACACCAUUUUUGCAAUACUACCAAAGCUUUACUAGUUUUUCUGAUUGGCCAAAGCUUUUGGUAACUUUCUCUGAUUAAAACUUAUGUCUUCAUCAUAGGACAUAACACCCAAUUAUAAAGAACCAACACACAGCACACAUGAAACAAAUAAAGAUAUGAUUUAGGUGACGCAAGUUUUAUUAACCCUAGAAAGUUAACCAGGGUGAAUAUAUAUAGCAUUUAGGGGUUAAUAAAGCAUGGUAUCCACCUCAAUAAAAGUCAUUAAAUGUAUAAUGUUUUUGAUUAUUUUGAUAAAAUCUUGAUCUUGUAUGUAUUUUUAUGUGUAUAUAACAGCUGUUUCUGGUCCAAUUUGAUUAUUGGACAAUUUAUUGAACUGAUUUGAUAUAAUACAAAAUAAUCUAAAACCGUCCUUGUUCUUUUUGUGUGUUCAUAAAAAAGACAAUAUUGUUGAUAUUUUUUUGAUAUAUAUACUUUUUACUAUGUAUAUUUAUUCAGCUGUAUCUUUAUUUAUUUGUUAAUAUUGAUGACUAUUUAUCAAUGUUCACUAUUAAAAUUGUUGAAAACAA